AUGUCUUUGAAGCAAAACUUUAAAACGCAAAACAGCGCACAUAAAUCCCGCACUCCACGAUGUUAUUCGCUGUUUAUUGUCGGCAAGGGAAACUAGACUUAUUCAAUUCAAUGCCUUGAAAGGUAUUUUUCUUUCUCUUUUUGGAGAAAAUUAGCAACAAAAUUUGUCAUUUAAGAAAAUUUUCUCGGAAAAGUGUUUAGUUUGAUACGAGGAUGAUGAAGCGAAAGGUCAAUGUGUAUGGUAAAGUGAGUGAAAGCUCAAACAAAACGCAGUCGUCGUCGUCGUCUUCCACGUCCAUAGAAGAAGAAAUUGAGUGGGAAAUGAGACCCGGAGGGAUGCUGGUGCAGAAAAGAACCCAAAACACUGAUGUUUCAGCCCCUGAUAUUCGCUUACGUGUUGCUUACGGGACGGUGCGUUACGAGAUCUCCGUGAACUCUCAAGCGACAUUUGGGGAGGUCAAGAAGCGUCUAACAGCAGAAACAGGGUUACAAGUGGGAGAGCAGAGAGUGAUAUUCAAAGGGAAAGAGAGAGAAAACGUUGAGUAUUUGGACAUGUGUGGAGUCAAAGACCGAUCAAAACUUAUAGUAAUGGAAGACCCAGCAAGCAUAGAGCGAAGGUUCAUCGAGAUGCGCAGAAACGCCAAGAUCCAGACCGCAUAUCGUGCCAUCAACGACGUCUCCAUGGAAAUUGACAAGCUGGUGGACCAAGUUUCUGCAAUCGAAAAAUCAAUCUCCAAUGGAGUUAAGGUACCGGAGGUUCAAAUCACAACACUAAUUGAGAUGCUCAUGAGACAAGCAAUCAAGCUAGAUAACAUUGCUGCCGAGGGGGAUGCUUUUGCCCAGAAAAAUUUGCAGGGCAAGAGGGUUCAAAAAUGCGUUGAAACCCUUGACACAUUGAAGGUAUCAAAUGCUAGAGUAAAGCAUGUUAUUGUCACAACCAAAUGGGAGACCUUUGAUCCUUCUCCAGCCAUGGCGCAAUGGGAAAUUUUUGAUUGAUCCAAUGAUCCUUACUUUACUGUCCAUUUUCAUUCUUUUUCCACCUUGGUAUCUAGCUCAAGAUAGACAUAAAAGCAAACUAUCUAUUUGUACGUACAGCCCUUCAUUGCCACAUAAUUUUCCAAUAUGCAUUGGUGAGGAUUUUAUAAAAUAAAUGAAGCUUGAUUGAAGCCAUGAGUAAUGAUAUAACUUUA